UAUGCACCUAGUGAACUACAGCCGUGAGCUAGAUUACGUUGGAGCUGUUGAUACGUACGUGCCUAACCUAGGUAUGUCACUGUAUGUGAUAAAAGCUGCAAUCGAUCGAAUCAGUCCGGCUGUUCAAGUUUCAGCCAGCCCGGCUCUCAUGCACUGCAUUCAGCUAUGUAAGUAGCGCGGUUCCCCAUCUAACCGAGCUAAUAAAUUGUGACUCGUCGUCGGAUAGAUAGGGGCGUUUCGCUUAUCCUCUUUCUGGGGGCUUCCUUGCCGACACAAAAUAGUCUCGCCCAUUCGGGAGAAUCCCUGAUUGGGAAACUCCCCGAUUAUAUCAGCACCAGAUUGAUUAGAUUGAUCGAUCGAUAUUAACUGUGGUAUAAGCUGAAGUAUUCAUGCUUUCGUGGUCUGGUACAUGAAACCAACUCUUUGCAUGCCGUUCUUGUUUGCCUAGCUCAACGAGAGGCUGUACCACUAUCCAACAUGGCGUCAAUAAUUCAUGAUUCUGCCAUCUUUCAGGCUUACUCAAAGCUUCCCCUUAUCCACGACCCUGAUUCCAUAUCCAAGUUAGACUGGAAGACCAUCUCGGCGAUUAUCUUCAGCGUUGUUUUCGCUCGGUUUGUUGCAGUCUGGACAUACAAUGUCUGGUUUCAUCCUCUAGCGAAAUUCCCUGGUCCCUUCCUUGGGCGAGCUUCUCUUCUUUAUCGUUUCAUCCAUACAUCUAGAGGAAAAUUCCAUGUUGCUAUAACAGAUGCCCAUCGCAAAUAUGGGCCAAUUGUCCGCGUUGCCCCCAAUGAGCUUUCCUUCGCCAGCGUCGAGUCCUGGAAGGCCAUCUACGGACACCAGCCAGCCGGAAGGGCGGUAGCCCCCAAAGGGCCAUUCUACGAAGUCUUCGCAGCCGGCUUCAGCAGCAAAUGCGUGGGCAGCGAGCGAGACCCGAAGAAGCACACCGCCAUGCGCAAGAUGCUCAACCCCGCCUUCUCGCAGCGCGGCCUCCUGGAGCAGGAGGAGAUCAUCAACGGUGUCGUCGAUAAGUUCGUCAGGAUCAUUGGCGAACGAGGCGGUCCCGGAUCCGGCGGAGUCAACGUGACCAAGUGGUUCGAGAUGAACUCGUUCGAUAUCUUGGGUGAAAUGGCCUUUGGCGAAACUUUUCACAGUCUGGACACUGGGAACUUGCACUUCUGGGCUGCUAUUGUUUUGGAGCAUUUAUACGUCAUCACACUGUUCGACAAUCUACGACGGAUCGGCUGGCUAGCCAAGGCUGCUGGAUAUUUGAUCCCAGCGUCGCUUAUGACUAAGAACCAGAACUCCGUGUACAGCCGACAGCAGGUCGAGAAACGACUAGCAAUGUCAGGCUCUCGAAACGAUUUCGUAAGUUUGCUUGUGGAUAAGGUCCGAGCCGGAGAGGUAGGAAAGGAAGAGAUGACUGCUCACGUCUCAACCCUGACCAUCGCUGGGGGUGAAACUGUAGCAACUACCCUGGCUGGUUUGACUUGCUUCCUAUCCCAAAACCCCGAGAAGAUGCAGAAGCUUGUCAAGGAGAUCCGCGGCGCCUUCAAGUCGUUCGACGAGAUCAAUGCCACGAAGGCCCAGCAGCUACCGUAUCUCCAGGCUGUCUUGAACGAGGGCCUGAGACUGUUCCCGCCCGCAUCUGGUGGCGCGCCACGAGUCUCUCCUGGCUUUGAACUACAUGGAUACUACGUUCCCGAGGGCACCGAGAUUAACGUGAGCCCGUGGACCAUCACACACGACCCGAAGUACUUCACCAAGCCUUGGGACUUCAUUCCCGAGCGUUGGUUGGACCCCAACUCCACAGACAACAAGGACGCUAGCCGGCCUUUCCUACUCGGUCCGCGAGACUGCCUGGGGCGAAAUUUCGCUUGGAUGGAGUUGAACUUGGUGUUGGCCAAGAUCCUAUGGCAGUACGACAUGGAACUCGUGACCAAGAACAUCAACUGGCUGGAGGAUAGCCAAGUGCACGUUCUGUGGUGGAAGCCGAAGCUGUUCGUGCGAUUCCACCAAGGGGCUCAUUGAUCGGGAGAAAUGCACCCCUCUUUUACGCCCCCCCCCCCCUUUUCUUUGAUAUCACUUUGCGCAUGCUUUGAUGAUCUAUGAAGUCCAUUCACUGGCUAGCGUUCAAAGAAUAGCGAAUCCAUCAUUUGUGGUUCAGUCGGUCUCUGAUCGGAGGAUUGAGAUUGGAUAUUGAAAAUUGUAACAAUUAGAUAGUACAAUAACGAGGUUAGAAAGCUUAUGAUCGCGAUCUAACAAUGCUCAUGGGGAUGUGGUUUGCGAUAGAUGGUAUGGGACAUGCCCUGACAAACAAUGCAAUCUACCAUUCAAUGAUUUCUGUAACUAUAUUCACGCAUAAAUAAAUGAGUC